AUGAACGCUGCAGUGAAAUCCCUCCUGUCACCCAUCAGGCGCUCGAUAGCAGCUAUGAAUGCGGCGACGGGAGAGGAGACUGCCAAUGUGGGUGGCACCGAGGGAGGUGCUACGGCCGCUGAAAGCGCUGCCGCCGUUGGAGCUGGGCGCGGUGCCCUCGCAAAGGUCGGUAGCCCAGCAGACACGAGCAAGGGCAUUGGGAAGCUCUACGCCGAUGCGCGUAGAAAUGGGGGUAUUACAUAG